UAGCUCUACGUUGAGCCUGUACCCUGAUCGGGAAUCUUUGAGCCGGUCUCUCUUGGGUUAUCCGAACGGCCGCAACCCAGGCAACAGACGCAUCCGCGGACGUCCCUCCUCGCCCUCCUUGCCCUCUUCGCCUCGGGAGACCCUACCUACCUCAACCGGUCUAACAUCGAAAUGUGGUCUUGGUUUGGCGGCGCUGCCGCCCAGAAGCGGAAAGAUGCGCCCAAGAACGCUAUCCUGGGGCUCCGCGAGCAGCUCGAUAUGCUGCAGAAGCGGGAGAAGCACCUGGAGAACCAGAUGGAAGAGCAGGAUGCAGUAGCCCGGAAGAACAUCUCGACAAAUAAGAAUGCUGCCAAAGCUGCGCUCCGACGGAAAAAGGUGCAUGAAAAGAACCUCGAACAGACAACGGCGCAGAUCGCACAGCUUGAACAGCAAAUAUACUCUAUCGAGGCGGCGAACAUCAACCUGGAGACCCUGAAGGCAAUGCAGAAUGCCGGAACUGCCAUGGCCCAGAUCCACGGUAACCUGACUGUCGAGAAGAUCGACGAGACCAUGGACAAACUCCGCGAACAACACCAGCUCAGCGAGGAAAUCUCCCAGGCGAUCACAAACACUCCGCUGGGCGAACAGCCCGACGAGGACGAGCUGGAGGCAGAGCUGGAGGGUCUGGAACAGGAAGCUAUGGACCAACAGCUGCUUCAAACCGGAACCAUCCCCGUCGCCGACCAACUCAGUGGGCUACCACCUGCGGCCAACGGAGAGCUCAAAGCCAAGUCAAAGCAAAUCGAAGAAGACGACGAAGAAGCCGAGCUGGAAAAGCUGCGUGCCGAAAUGGCCAUGGGAUAGUUGCAUCGAUCAUUGCCCGUCUGACCUUCUAUUUUGUGGUUGUUUCCUCUUUUUUUUUUUUUUUUUUUUUUCUUCCCUU